AUGACAAGAAAACAAAUUGGCAGCGUUCGAGCCUUCAAUAUCGACGCUAUCCAGGGUAACGAAGCAGAUAUCGUUAUCUUUGAUUAUGUGCGUACCGGGAAGCAGCACGGUUUCAUGGGUGCUUUCCGCCGUUUAAACGUUGCAUGUAGCCGUGGUAGAUUCGGUUUCUACCUAGUUUAUUACCAUCACCAAUACCACCGAAGAUCAGCCGAUGCAGCAAUUGCUCUGCGAUGCCAUCGCGGCAUGGUUACAUUGAAAGAUGGCUGGUUCCAGUUCCUGGAAGAUAAGCUCAAGCCUGACCGAUCUGCUUGUCUGAACGAGCUUGAUCAUGCCUCCUUUGGUUGGCAACAAGUCCGCCUCGGCAGCGAGCGCAUAUCUUCAAUGUGGUGCGUCUCAUGA